UUUGCAGCAUUUUCAUAUUUUCAAAUCGUUAUCUUGAGCCAGUAUGUGCCAAUAUGACUCUUUACAGCAGGGCUAUUCAAUUACGGGCCUCGAGGGCCAGUUUCCAGCACGUUUUGGUUUUAACCCUGCUUCAACACACCUGAUUUUAAUUAGUAGGUGAUUAACAGGCUUCUGCAGAGCCUGAUGAGCUGCUGCACAGGUGACUCAACCACUCAAGUGUGUUGGAGACCAGAAACCACUAAAACGUUUUGGAUACCGGUCCUUGAGUCCCGGAACUGAAUAUCCCUGCUUUACAGGGUUAAUGAAAGGCCACCCUAUCAUCCUCUGUGGCCAGAAUCUUCCACUUGCAACUUCCAAACUCUGUUGGGACUCAUGAAAAAUUGAGCUGACACACCUGGCGCUGCAGUCAGGUUCCAGAACGUUUCCUGCAUGUUUUAGAUCAUGAACGCAGCUGAUUUGUUUAAUUUAGUGAUGAGUCACUCGUGUAGGCACUAAGGGAUGUGAUAUACGUGCUGUUUAACAAUGCAAACACGUUUUUAAAAUGGCUGCUACGCGUUAAAGAUCUAAAUCUUUGCAUUGAUUUGAAAAGUGGUUCGUGCACAUCCCCCGAAAUAAACGUGUCCGAUCGCUGCGAUAAACGAGUAACCAGUAGGUGGAGUUGACAAAACGAGCCCGACACACUCACCAUGGUGAUUCCGUCUCUGGUUUAGAGGUCUGUCACACCAGCUACGAUACCACUGCUGUCUUUUUUUUUUAUGCCGUGAUGUCAAAAUUAACCAGUUGGUGAGCUCUUUUAUUAAUGCCAUGGUUGUUUUGGUUGUACCAGCAAACCCGGUGUUCUGACUGUAUGUGCUUCCUCGUUGAAUAUUCCUAUCUCACGGUGUUACAACAGUUUCGCUAUUGUUUGCAGUAUAGUAACACGCUUAUGUAGCACGGUUUAUUUUAAAUAGGUGAUAUUACUCAAAAAUACAGAACUGUAGUAUAAUUCUUAGCAAAAAUAUAAAGUGUUGUGAUUUAUUUAUGAAAAAGACCGUGUUUGUCAUGAUUCCGUGAAUGACGGUAAACAACGGGAGAAAUUUCUUGUUUACAGAAUAAUGAAUAUUUUACAAGCCAUUUAAAAGCUAACUGUCAGGUAAACAUACAACAAGCAGUAAUAUAACAACUUACAGAGGUAGCGCAUCUCUUCCGAUAAACAGCCUGUGAUGCAGUAAUUGGUCUGUGCAUGCACAUUUCCCCAAAGUAGUAGUAGAGGUUAAACAGCAAGUAUAUCACGGCCCUAAGGCUGGGGAAAUUUUUCAGCUUUCAGAUUAAGAUAUUUAAAAGACGAACGCACCGUGAGAUGGGUUUUGCUUUUGGUUCUACAAACGGACACUAGGGGGUGCUAAAAUCAAGCGACAACUGCUUAGUUCCCCUUUGCAUCUUGUUAACUAGUCAUGUUUGUGCAAAACUGCCCUUUAUUUCCAAUCAGCAUCUUUGGAAUAGGUUUUUUAAAGGUUAUUUUCAUGGUGUUUCAUAAAUGAUUAAUUUAAUCAGGAAGAUGUAACAUCGAUAUUUAGGGGGCUAAUUUGCACACAUGUAUUUUGAGGUGAAGUGGCAGGAAGUUGUUUUUGUUUGUUGUUUUGAUCUAAUCCAUCCAUUUAUGCAAAGAUGGGGCUGAAGAACAGAUAAACAGUAAUACGUAUUAGGCAUUCAAAACUAAAUCUGUCUCUAAAUAUGGCCACAAAUCAGCUCCAUUUAUACUUACACUAUAAGGUGAAGAAACGGUCAGUCAAAAAAAUAGAGCCAAGUGGAUCAUUUAUGCUUUGCAGAAAGAUAAUUGAGGGCAGAGCCAAUGAUCUUUUCAUGCAAUUGGGAAUCAGACACAUGCAAAGUGAAUCAAUGACCUAAUUAGCACGGAUGUGUGGAACUGGAGUGAAAGUGCUAAGGAGGUCUGGGUCGGAGGCCCCAGACUAUUUUGGUGAGGCGGCUCCUUUAAGAAAACGGAACUGCGCUUCAGCUUUUGACGCGCUGAGGAUGUGGGCAGGAAACGCCAUGCAACAGCAGAGGAGCGAUCACGCUUCCCCGCACAGUUGCACAAUUCAGUGCAAACAAAAUGUGCUCUAAUUCCGCCCGCUGAUGUCCAGGAGCGCUCGCUCUCCUCGGAUCCGCUCCCCGCAGCCCUGACACAGCGGCAGCAGGCCAGGAGGACCAGCCGCCGGCGUGCGUUUCCACUGCUAUCCGAGCGAGAGCGCAGCCUUCCCCGCCUGCUCGCUUUGAAAGCAUCGGGGCUGGUCGCGGAAAUAAAGGAGGUGUCUGCCUUUCUUUUUUUUUCCCCCAGCCAUGAGGGAGUACAAAGUGGUCGUUUUGGGCUCGGGCGGAGUCGGUAAAUCCGCGCUGACGGUCCAGUUUGUGACGGGCUCCUUCAUCGAGAAGUACGACCCCACGAUAGAGGAUUUCUACAGGAAGGAGAUCGAGGUGGACUCGUCCCCGUCGGUGCUGGAGAUCCUGGACACGGCCGGGACCGAGCAGUUCGCCUCCAUGCGCGACCUGUACAUCAAGAACGGGCAGGGCUUUAUUUUGGUUUACAGCCUGGUUAAUCAGCAGAGCUUCCAGGACAUCAAGCCCAUGAGAGACCAGAUCAUCCGGGUGAAGAGGUACGAGAGGGUGCCCAUGAUCCUGGUGGGGAACAAGGUGGAUCUGGAGGUGGAGAGAGAGGUGACUUCCGGGGAAGGCAAGGCGCUGGCUCAAGACUGGAGCUGCCCCUUUAUGGAAACAUCAGCCAAAAAUAAAGGAUCUGUCGACGAACUGUUUGCAGAAAUAGUGAGACAGAUGAAUUAUUCCGCUGUUCCCAGUGGUGGCGACCAGUGCUGCGCAUGUGUCCUGCUCUGAAGAUCCAGGAAACUCUUCUGGGUUUGAGCUCAGAAGUUGUUCUGCUGGGUUUUCAUUCUUUUUCUGUUCAUUUGUUAAAAAGUAUUUUCUCUCUCUUCCCACUGUUGUCUUAUUGUUGCACAGACACACACACAUCGACAACAAUCGAUGAUGUAUCAUAGCCUAGAAAAGUGUUUACAUGACAAAAAGUACUUGAAUGUUUUGGAAUUAUAUCUAUCUAUAUAUAGAUAGAUAUAUAGGUAAUUUUCUCUGGAAAUGUGCCUCAGUGGAAUGUCUAGUUGAAAAACCUAAGAGUCACGUGAUUUCUGGUCUUUUACUAUAAUAUUAUUUGAUUUUCUUUAUUAAUACUGUUAAAUCCUCUGGGCUGAGUUCUCUUCUGCCUUGGAGAUUGGUGCCAAUGAUAACGAUAUUUUAGGUUAUUGUGCCAAAUCCCUAGACAAGGCAGAGUUGGGAUUGGUCACCUUUUAGAGGAGGUCUGAAAGCAUUUAAAAUCUCUCAGAAAAUCACCACUCGAGCCUUGCACAGGUCACUCCGAUCCAGUUCCAUGUAAUCCCUCUGAACUGUCAUGUGCAAUCUCCCUCGCAGACCGUUUUGAAGCGUGGACUUGUGUCACACCAACAUAUUUAUCUAAGCUCUCCCCUCUCUGGUCUGGUGAUUUUGAUCGAAAACUGUAAUCCUCCUCAGUGAGCACAUAAAAGAAAACUUGGUGCGUUGCUGUCGCUGCAUUGGGGGGGGGGGGGGGGGGGUGACCGCGUGACCCCAUGUCAAGUGCCUUCCCUCAGAAAUCUCCUGUGACUGUGCCAACCAAUGAGCCCUACUUCCUCAGCAGUGCGUCUUGAUGGCAAUCAGAACUUUUGAACCGUUUUUCGGCCUGAACUCUGUUUUCCUUUGAUGUCAGAGUUAGAAAAGCUUCUAUUUUCCUGCCUGGAAGCUGAGCUUGUAAAUAAAACCCGCAAUUUCAGGGUCAGAUUUAAGCUGUCUCCAGAGGUACUAGUCCUUCAAGAGCAGCACAAAAACCUAUCCUAGCGGGCAUAAUUUUAUUUUUUGGGGGGGUUCAGUGAAUGGCAAGCCAUGUGUAUAUCAUGUAGAAAUGUUCUUUCAUUUUCUAAAAUGUGACUUUUUUUGAUUUACUGUAAUUGUAUUUCUGUUUUGGGGCAAAUUUUGUGCCAUCCACAUGUCAAGUUUGAGACUUGUAAUACAGAAGACAUUUUACAUAA